UGGGGUCUCUGCCCCACUCUGUCCAGAUCACAAGUUGCGAGGAGUUGAGGGACUACCUGCUGCUGCAGUCCGGAAUAAGGGAAGAAACAGCCCUCUACCUUUUUGGUUGGUGUUUAUCUCUAAACUUCAGGUUUUUUGGUGUUGUGUUGUAAUGUUGCAUGUUAUAUGGUUUGCUUUUUUUUUUUGUUGGCCAUAGCAUAGUUACUUGUAUGUGGAGGCUCAAAAAUGGAAGUGGAGGAAGUUGAGUUAAUUAAUUCUUCUGAUGAGGAGGAAGAUGAUGAUAUGGUUGCCCUUGAACUUCUUCCAAAUGGAAGAAGGGACAUGCGCCAUGCAGCCAUCAAUAUGGUGGUGUCAAUGAGAGGGGUUGCUGCAAUGACUCGUGUGGGGGUCCGGAGAGCAAUGUCAGGUGCUGACCUUGUCCUUAGGGUCAACAACCUUUCCCUGAAGCAGGAUGUUACUGCAUAUUUGGAUAGAACGGGGCAAAGGAAUCAUCCUAGGGCAGUAGACCUUCUACGUAAAUUUGAUAACGUAGACCCCUUUCAUGGUAUCAAGUCCAAUCAAGGUCAGAUAUCAGGCAUCAAGAAAUAUUAUGAUUUUAUUGCACCAUCGACAUUUGGUGUUGGUAACCGCCUUGAUCAAAGGCUUGUUGGUGAAGGGGGUGCAUAUGGUAUGGUGGAAGUGCCAAAUACUUUUGAGUUUUGCUCAGUAAUUGAGUUUCUGAAAAUGUUGCUCAGAAAACCAGAAGUUAUGGAUUAUGUCAGAAACCGUCGUCCAUCAGAGAAUGGUAUGCUGGAAUCUUACAUGGAUGGAUCAGAAUUUCGUGAGCAUCCAUUCUUCCAAAACUUUCCUGAUGCUUUUCAGCUGGUACUUUAUGGAGACGGAGUUGAUCCUGCUAGGAUGGCAGGACCAAAGAGUGGUUUACAUGAGAUGUAUUGUUUCUCCAUAAGUGUACUGAACCUACCUCCUUAUUUAUUUUAUUCUGGUGAAUCUAUUUUUCCCAUGGAAAUUGCCAAUGCUCAGGACUGCACUGACACUUUUGAAGGAGUACUUACCCCAUUUGUGAAUGAAUUACUUCGUUUGGAAGAAGGUGUCAGAGUUUUCAUCGGAGGUGAAUUUAUAAUGUUGAGAGCUACCCUGGUUUCAGUCAAGGGUGAUGGAAAAGCUAUUCAUGAAAUGCUUGGUAUGUUGACUUGUAGUGCUAGACAUUUCUGUCCUCAAUGCAUGAUUUCUAGGCAGGAACUUCAUUUGGGUCAAGUGGCUGUGGGAGAGACUCGAACCCCAGCAAUGUCUGAUGCUCAAUUGCAGAGAGUGGCUCAAAACCCUGCCUAUAGCACACAGUGCGGUCUGCGAUACAGGCCUGUGCUUCAUAACAGUGCAUAUUUUCGGGCUGAGAAUAAUGGGAACUUUGAUUUGAUGCAUGAUGGGCCUGAAGGCGUUAUCAUGAUGCUUAUCAGACUGUGCUUGAGGAAAUGGAUUGUUACUGAUGGAAUAUUCACUGUAGAGCAAUUAAAUGGCCGGAUACUUGCUUUUGAUUAUGGGCAGCAGAAUUCAAAGGAUAAGCCAACACCGAACUUCACAUUGGAAUCCCUUCAAAAUGCUGAGACUACAUACACACAGAAGAUGAAUGCUGGUCAAACACUGGUACUCUUUCGUGCUCUACCAUUCAUCAUUGACAACUUGGGUGCUGGUGUUGAUGAAGACGAUGAGCAUCUUCAAUAUUUACUCCUGCUGUCUGAGAUUUUUCAAACAGGAAGUGCACCCAGAAUUCCUCAAGGUGUAAUUCCCCAUCUAAGAAGAAUGCUUGAAACCUUCAGAAGGGGGUGGUAUGUGUUGUUUCCCAACAUUGAUCCCAUCAACCGUUUCCAUCAUUUAAUGCAUCUCUGGGAAAACAUAGAACGGAAAGGGCCACAAAGACAGUUUUGGUGCUUUAGGGAGGAAGGUAAAAAUUGUCCUGUGAAGAGACAUGUAGCUGUUUGCAAUAACUUCAUUAAUCCUCCAAAGACUGCCAUGGAACAAUGCCAGAUCCGUGUGUCCAAAGUUUGGGGUACUCGACAUGCGAAUGUGAGGGACAACAGAACAUAUGUAAGAAGAGAAAAUGUUUAUGUUCUUGCAACACCUGCUAGAGCUCACUUACACGCUUUGGGAUUCAGGGACAACGAUCAAAUCUCAGUCUGCCGAGCAGUGACAGUGUGGGGCUUUAGCUACAGAAUUGGAGAGUUCCUGUUGUACAGCAGAUCAUGUGAGAACAAUGAUGGACUUCCCCGCUUUGGGAGGAUUGUCAGUAUUUACUGUCCUGAUGGGACUGACUAUGUUUGGUUUGCUCUGAAGCCGUGGAGAACUGUUGGAUUGGAUGACAGGUUCAAUGCAUAUUCUGUUGCUGAGUUUGAGCCCCCUCCUACUCAUCUUGUAGAUGUAAAGGAUCUCCCCAUUCACCCUGCAAUUAGCAGAUGGACUGAUUACUCGACUGACCAGUCCUUUCUUUGCCUCAAAUACAAGGUGUAUUAAUGAUGAAGAGGUGGAUGGAGCGUCAUUUGUGGAGUUAAAUGAACAAUCUUUGCUGCUCAAUUUCCCGAAACUU